AUGAGCGAAUCGGAUGCGGAACACUUUGAAGAUGCAUGUUCCGAGUUACCAGAGCCGGAAGCAAUUUUUAGGGAACCAAGACGUCCGGUGGGAUUUCACGAUUCUUUCCAACCGCUCUCAGAUACGCCCACUACUUCAUAUGCCUUCGAACAGGCAUCCCAUCAACAACCAUCAAAUCGUCGAGAUCGAUUGCGCGGACUGCGCAAGCAGAUGAAAGAAGAGUUUGGCCAUCGAGAAGGAGGUUUUGCUGGUGACGGAGAUACCCUCAGCUUACUCAGUGAAAAUACUAGUUUACACUCUUGGCAUAAAAAAGUGUUGGCUGGCGCUUCAACGGUUGUGCAUCCAAUCGAUACAGCUUCCACCUGUGCUAUGAGUACUCGUGGAAGUGUUCAGAUGGAAUCUCCGCUGUUACAAUCUCCAUACGGGAAUCCAAACAGAUCUACGAGCAGUAGUGUCACCUCACCAGUAACUUCUCCAUCUGGACCUCCGCCUCGAAAUCCUCCACCGCCCAUACCUAAUCGGCAUAAAAUUGAGGUAAAAAGCCCAACCGCAGUCCCACCACCACUACCACCUCGAAAUCCCAGUAUGACCCUUCCAUCUCCCGUCUUGGAAUACCCUGCCGUUCAAGUCCCACCUCCACAACCUAUAAUAAUCGAAAAACAAAGCCACUCAACAUCAGCCGAGCCAGCCUCUGUUAGUAGAAGUGGAUCCGAAGAAACCGCCGAACCAAAACUUUCCGUCACUUCUAUGCCUACCAAUCAGAAUGGCAACAACAACAGUACACCGACCACAAAUGGCGACAACGUGGUAAUGCCAACAACCUUGUCUGGAGGCCGUAGAAGGGGACAUGCCAAGACGAACUCACUGGAUCGUGGCUUAACGCUGGCCAAAUCUUUGAAAGCUAGCCCCUUCCCUCCGCCUUCCCAAAAAUCAAAUUCGCUGACGCGCGGAACUGAACCACCGAAUGGCGAGGAAGAAGAACGAAAUCAAGAAGCGGAAGGUGUCAUCUCAGAAUUGACCACACAGCUGAUGUCGGAACAUAAUUCGGAAUGCACCAUUGCAUCGACCAAUUCCUCUAACGAUCAAGUGAAUGGCGGUGAAGUUGAAGAACCACAGAUGCAACUUCAUCUUGCGCCAGAACUCGAGACGCCCGUUCAAAGAAGAAUUUUAUCUGGAAGCCGGGAAACCCGAAAGUCCGAGACGAUAUUUGAAGAAAAUGAGAGCGAAGCAUCACCUGGGCAUAUCGCGAAAGCGAACCGUUUUGAUAGCCUACACAUCGCUGUGGAAAGCACGUCAGCUCAAAAUCGCGCGUCUACCUACGAUCGCCUUUCACCUUCAACUAGCAUGCCGGUAAUCGACCCAAUUACCCGGGAUGUCGAAAGACGAAUGAGUAUGAAAUCGCACGGACAAUCCAGGUCAGAUACCUUGGGCCCAAUCGAAGAUGAUGAACAAUCCGAACAAUUGUCGCCUUCAACAAAACUGGGAUAUGCCAAGAGUCUCGUCAAAAGCUAUGCAACAUCAUGGUUGACUGGGGUUGUUGAUAAGGCUUUGCAUUCUUGGAAGCCGCAACCAGCUUUGAAGACUGAUGCCGAAGAUACGGGAGAUGAAAGCGAGGAACAGGGGGAUCCAUCGCAAACGGAUGGUCAUUCGGUUAGAGGUUCUAAUACAGUACCUCUGGUUAGACCGAAAAACUCGAAAAAGGGACCCUACGACUUUGAACACACCAAGGUCGUCCAGGAAAUCAAGGCCGAACACACUGGUGCCGUUUGGGUUGUACGAUUUUCUGUUUGUGGCAGACUGAUGGCAACUGCUGGCCAGGAUACGAUCAUCCGGAUCUGGGUGGCAAAAGCCCAUGUCCGUCAUUUUGAGGCGCUGAGAGAUCGCUAUAUGAAACGAGCUGAUUGCCCACCACAAGACAUGUUCGAACGUGCCAUGUCGGAUUCUGAAGCCUUCCGCGCGCCGUCUUCCGUUGACGAGAGUGACCACACUACCUCCAACCCAUCAGAAGAAGAGGGAAAAGGACCAAUCGUGUUUAUGCCAAACCCAUUCGUCGUCCUAAAGAGUCACACUGCCGAUGUUCUGGACUUGUCUUGGUCAAAGAACAAUUUCAUUUUGUCAUCCGGAAUGGACCGAACGGUCAAGCUUUGGCACAUCACGAGAGCAGAAUGCCUCUGUUCGUUUCAACACGUCGAUUUUGUCACUUGCGUUGCAUUCCUGCCGAAAGACGAUCGUUAUUUCUUGUCGGGAUCGUUGGAUGGGAAAUUGCGACUUUGGCACAUCCCUGAAAAGAGGGUUGCUGUCUGGAAUGAGACCCAGGUUAAAUUCAUCACCGCGCUGGCGUUUGCUAAAAAUGGGAAAUUCGCAGUUGUUGGAACUUAUAACGGUCGGUGCUACUUCUACACGGCUGAUCAAUUGAAAUAUCAUACGGUAGUCGAUGCUCGAUCGUCUCGAGGUAAAAACGCACGUGGUCAUAAAGUGACUGGAUUGGCGGUACAUGGCGAUAAAUUAUUGGUGACUUCGAACGACUCCCGGAUCCGUAUGUAUGAUGUUCGUGACAUGUCAUUGACUUGUAAAUUCAUCGGAGCUCAAAAUGAGCACUCACAAAUUCGAGCCUCAUUCUCCCCCGAUGGAAAGCACGUGAUUUGUGGAUCUGAGGACAAGUAUGUGUAUCUGUGGCGCACCAAUGAUGUCACUUCCUCACUAUCGGUCCGGAAAGAUCGGAACAAGAUGUGGGAACGUGUGCGAACCCACGCGGCUGCUGUCAGCACCGCUGUCUUCGCUCCAAAACCCCUUGAUUUGCUUGGCAUUAAAAAUGGUCACAAGCCAAGCCAAUCAUCUAACGACAAAGAUAAGGAAAAGGAAAAGCGACCCUUGGAUGAUGAUGUGCUUGUCUCUGCCGACCUCAACGGUUGCAUAAAAAUCAUGGUUUGCAAAACAAAGCCCAUCCAACAUGCCUCUUCUUCUGGUUUCUUCAAUGGGACUGUCUUGCCC